CAAACGGUAAGUGGGCUUGCAGCUUUAUUUGAGGACAUCACUGGGCGUGAGAUGGCAUCUCCUGAGUUCAGAAAGAAUGGAGUGACAGAGACAGCACUGAGUAAUACCAAGGAGACCCUGGUGUUCUUUGACCUGGAAACCACCGGCCUGGAGAAAGAUUGUGAUAUUGUGCAGCUGUCGGCAGUGAGUGGUGAGAAGAUCUUCAAGUACAUCCUGCCCAGCAAAUCCAUGUCAGCGGGAGCUACAAACAUUACUGGAAUACAGGUCAUGGGUGGUAUCUUGUACCUGAGAGGAGAACCUCAGAUAACCUACAGUCUCCAGGACACCAUGACAGCUUUCCUCAAGUUUCUGCAGUCACUGGACAGGCCUCUGUUAGUAGGCCACAACAUCUGGAAAUUUGAUGGUCCAAUUAUUCUGAGAGCCUGGGAGGAGUUGUCCAUGAAAGAUCAAUUUGCAGGGUGUGUGACUGGAUUCCUGGAUACCUUAUGGCUGGCCAAGGAAGUUAUUCCCAGGACAGAGGUCAGCCGCUAUCGUCAAUCUGAUCUCAUGCAAAGCCUUCUUCAGAAAAGUUACGAAGCUGAUAAUGUUAUUGAAGAUGUGAAGAGCUUGCAAGAGCUGUACUCUUUUCUCAAAUUUACUCCACAGCAGAAGCAGAAAAGUCAGUUUUCUGUUUCUCAGCUUGAAAGUAGUGUCUGCUCACAUAGGAAGAAACAGAAUAAAACCAGUAAAUCUUGGAAAUGAAUGUACUGGAGCUCUAUUUUGAAGUUGACAAGGACCAGUAUGUCUCAUUUGCCAGUUUUAAUGGUUUUUUUCCCAUCUAGGGAUAGGCUCUUGUUCAUUAUAAAGAACUUUUCUUUAGGCUUUCUUGACUGCAAAGGGCUGUGGAGUCUGGGUCAUUAAGGGAAUCAAGGGCUAAGGAAUAAGGCAGGAAAGUUGAUUUAAGGAUGAUCAGAUCAGCCAUCAUCUUAUUGAAUGGCAGAGCUGAUUUGAUGGGCUAAUGGCCUACCUUUGCUUGUAUGUCAUAUGGUCUUCCUAAUAAACAUGUGAUGCAGGAAGUUAUCUCAAAGCUACAAUUAGCACAUCAGCAAGAUGCUGAAUCAGAGCGAAAAACUGUGCUCCAAUCUUAGAUAGUCAGGGCCAAUUUAUAUCAGAUUCUCAAGCUUUUCCAAACAAUGAGAAGUUGCUAAUUUAUUAAUAUUUUACUAAGCUGCCAAGGAAUUGACAGGCACCACAGCUUCCUCCCAGUUCACAGACUUUACUUUUCCUAAUA